AUGGACCUGACACCAAUUUUGCUAAACUGUCAUAAUCCAGUGGAGUCUAUCAGAAAAAGUGCAGAGCAACAAUUACAUCAUGCUCAAGAAGCUAAUUUUGGUGAUUACUUAGUUAUUUUGGCAGAUGAAUUACAUAAUGAGAGCAAGCCAGAGCUAUCACGACAACUUGCUGGUUUAUUGCUAAAAAAUGCAGUUUCAGCUGUUGAGCUACGUCUAGAUAUAGAGAGGCGUGGAAUGUGGAUAUCUUUACCUCAACAGAUAACAAAUAAGAUAAAAUCUGCUGUUCUAGAGUCUCUAUUAAGUCCACUUGCUAGUAUAAGAGGAGCAGCUUGUCAAGUUAUAGCUAAACUUGGACGAGUUGAGUUACCUUGCCAAAGAUGGCCAGAGUUAUUACCUUAUUUGUUGAGACUAAUACAAGAAUCUAAAGGAGAUGAGUUAUCUUUGGUACAUAAAAGAUCUGCAUUAACAGCGCUGGGAUAUUUGUGUGAAGAUUCUAGACAAUUAGAAAAUGAAGUAGCAUCUGUCAUUAUUACAGAUGAUAUUAGCAACCAAAUAUUGACGGCUAUAAUUCAGGGAAUGAAUGACUCAGAUAUUGAGACAUCAUUAGCAGCUACAAAAUCUUUCUAUUUUGCUUUAUUUUUUGCAAGAAACAAUUUUAAAAAUGAACACGAAAGGAAUUUAAUCUUUCAAGUCUUAUGUAAUUUAUGUGGAACUGAGGGAGUAAAAAGAGAACUAUUACAAACAGCAGCAUAUGAAUGCUUAGUUUCCAUAGCGGCUGAGUAUUAUGAAUAUUUGGGACCAUAUCUACCAGUCAUAGCACCAAUGGUAAUAAAAAGCAUUAAGGGUAUAUAUGAACCAGUAGCAAUCUGUUGUAUAGAAUUUUGGAAUACAAUAGCAGAUUUGGAAAUAGAUUUAGUAUUAGAUGAUGAACAAAAUUCUCUAUCAAUACAAGUAGCACCUAGUUGCCUACACUACAUUAGACAAAUUCAGUCAAUGCUUAUUCCCGUAAUGUUGGAGACAUUAUUAAAACAAAAUGAUGAUGAUAGUGACCCAGAGAGUUGGACUGUUGCUAAAGCAGCAGGUGCAUGUUUGACACUUUGUGCUCAGCUUUUAGGAGAUAAUAUUUUAGAACCUACACUAAGCUUCAUUCAUGCAAAUUUUUCUCAUACAAAUUGGCACAAUAGGGAGGCUGCAGUACUAGCCUAUGGUAGCAUUUUAGAAGGCCCUAGUUUCCAGCGAAUGCAACCUAUAGUGGAAUCUUCUGUAACAAAUCUAUGCCAAGCUUUAAAUGAUAAUGCUGUUGCAGUACGCGAUACAUGCGCUUGGACUAUUGGGAGAAUAGUUACGUUUCACCCUAGUAUUAUCUUUCCCCUAGUAGGGUUAGCUCCACAGCAACAACAAAACAACGGAAAUAGUUUAUUGGCUGUACUGCUACAGAGACUAUUGACAGAUGAAGCUCGUGUAUGUGCUAAUAUUUGCUGGGUUAUACAUCAGUUGGCUGAAACAUCAACAAAUGUUGAGGGAGCUGGAGCAAUUAUGGAUAUGUGGUUCCCUUACAUUAUACAUAGUCUACUUCAGGCAUCAAAGAGGAGUAUUGCAGAUGAAUAUAAUAUGAAGCAAGCAUGUUACAAUGCUAUAAGCAUGGUUGUCACUCAGUCUGGUUUAGGAAAUACAGAUAAUUUAGUGAAUUUAACUAAAGAAUUAAUCAUAGGGGAAGAGUUUGGACUACAAAAAUUAGUUGAAAAUAAUCUAAUUCCAAAACCUGAACCAGUAGCAACGAAUAUUCAAUUAACGUGUGGUGUAUUGUAUGCAUUGACGACUAAGCUGGGGAAGAAUAUCAAUCAAUAUUCCUCAAUACUGUUAAGGUUAUAUUUUGAUAUGCUACGACAAGGAGGAGCAAAUGAAGAAAUAUUAAUUGCCCUGACUGCAUUGAUUGUAUCAAUGGGUCUUGAUUUUUCCCCUUAUUUACAGGAAUGUAUUACUGUGACUCUACCAUACAUGCAACGAUAUGAUGAAUUGGAGACUUGCAAAAUAUCUAUUGAAUUAGUUGGUGAUAUGGUUAGAUCUGUUGGGCAAAAUAUUUGUCCUUAUUUGGAUACUCUAGUACAGACAUUAUGCACAUUGCUGGCUAAAAGUGAAGUUGACCGUAAAAUAAAACCUUUAGCUAUCAUAUCUUUAGGUGAUUUAGCAAUGAAUUUAGGCCAUUCCUUUGUACCUUAUAUUGGAACUACAUUGCAAUUAUUUCAACAAGCUGCUUUGACACAGUAUAACGAUGGUCCUAUCAAUAGUGAAGAUUGGAUUGAAUAUUUGGGUGAACUACGUGAAGCUGUAUUACAAGGUUAUACCAGCAUUGUUUACGGUAUGAAGGAUGCUCAAAAAUUAGAACUUAUAGGAUCAUACGUCCCCAAUAUGAUACAGUUUGUCAAUAAUAUUGUCAAUGAUUAUAAUAAGGAGUUCCCAAAUGACAAUAACUUAAAAAGUGCCACAGCUCUUAUUGGAGACCUAAUAACUGCCUUUAAUGGUCAAUUAGUUCAAUACUUAAUGGCACAAGAUAGAAGACAAAUUUUGGAAAAUAUAUGUAGUGUCGGUGAAAUAUCUAAACACCCAUAUAUUAUCAAUAAUAUCAAAUGGAUUAAGAAACUCUGUCAAUUACCUUCUUAA